CUGGACUUCACGAACGUCGCUCAAUUGCACCGCAGUCGCUCGUUCAACAACGCAACAGGCAAGAUGGCGAAGCAGUCGAAAGACAAGUACUCGGUCCUCCUGCCGACCUAUAAUGAGCGCCGAAAUCUGCCUAUAAUAACAUGGCUACUCAACAAGACGUUCACUGAGAAUAACCUCGACUGGGAACUCAUCAUCGUCGACGACGGCUCCCCCGACGGCACCCAGGAAGUCGCCGCCCAACUCCAAAAAGCCUACUCCCCCGAACGCAUUCAGAUCCGCGCCCGCGCCGGCAAGCUCGGCCUGGGCACCGCCUACGUACACGGCCUACAGUUCGCGACGGGCAACUUCGUCAUCAUCAUGGACGCGGACUUCUCGCAUCACCCCAAGUUCAUCGCAGAAAUGGUGCGCGUACAGAAGAGCAGGAACUACGAUAUCGUUACGGGGACAAGGUACGCGGGCAAUGGAGGCGUGUAUGGCUGGGAUCUGAAGAGGAAGUUUGUGUCAAGAGGGGCGAAUCUGUUCGCGGACACGGUAUUGCGGCCGGGCGUGAGCGAUUUGACGGGCAGCUUCAGGCUGUAUAAGAAGGAGGUAUUGGAGAAGGUUAUCAAGAGCACGGAGAGCAAGGGGUAUACGUUCCAGAUGGAGAUGAUGGUGCGAGCGAAGGCGAUGGGCUGCACGGUUGCGGAGGUGCCCAUUUCUUUCGUUGACCGUCUGUACGGCGAGAGCAAGCUCGGUGGAGACGAGAUCGUGGAGUAUGCCAAGGGGGUGCUAAGCUUGUGGCUGAAAGUAUGAGCUGGGCGGUGGUUUGCAUGGCAUUGGCGUUCGGUGGGGAUAUAGGGGCAUUUCGCGGCCGGAAAGCUGCUUGAUAUCCAGGGCAGGUAGGCCGAGGGGCAUUGUAGCUUCAUUUUGCUUCACCUACGCGCUAAGUGUUAUGCACCCCAUUCCAGCAUAUCUACUCCUGUUACCCGCCUUGCCCUUCUGGAAGAGGUGUUUGUAAGCUCGUCUAUCGCUCUUCAGUGUUCACCAAAGGUCGAACGGCACCAGGCUUGUCUUGAAUGCUCUGCUGCUCAUUAAAGUGCCGACCGAGACAUAUUUAC